UUUGAUAAAUUAAAAAUUUAAUAUUUAUCUUUUGUUGCUAGUUGUUGGUUUGUGUGGAAAGAUGGAGUUAUUUACUAUAAACCGUUACAAUGGCGAAAAAACUGACGAAGCUACAAAAAACGAGGAUGCAAUUCUGCAGAAGAUCCUCCAAAAAGUAGAAAAACGAAAAAGGAAAAAGAGCACAGUCGAGCUGCUAGAUGUGGAGUCUAAACGAAAUGAAACAAAAGUUCAACCAACUAGUGCUGAUGUCAACGAAGCUAAGAACGCAAGCGCCGAUGAAACGGUCUCAAUUGGCGCUGAUGUUGAUCCCAUUGUCGGCGAUGUGCCUGAUGUUGAAGCAACUCAUUUCCAAGUGCUCGGCGAGGAUGUAGACACCAGCAAACCGAAAAAAGUUAAUAUGGUGCUGCCUGCUUGGCUGGCGCACCCCACUGUCAUCUCAACAGCCAUAGCCCCGAAAAGUGGACCAGCGGCUGACGAAUCGGUUAUUACCAAAUUAACCUACUUGGCACCGCACAUACGCCACGCACUCAAAGAAAUGCACAUGACACGACUAUUUCCUGUGCAAACAGCAGUCGUACCUUGGUUGCUUGAAGCACACGCCAAACCGCCACCAUUUCGUCCGCGUGACAUAUGCGUUUCAGCGCCCACAGGUAGUGGCAAGACUUUAGCAUUUGCGAUACCGGUCGUGCAGUUAUUAGCUGAUCGUGUAGAGCGCAAAAUAAGAGCUUUGGUUGUACUCCCUGUCUUCGAGUUAGCGUUACAGGUUUUCAAAGUAUUCAAGAAAUUGUGUGAAAAAACUGAUUUAACUGUUUGUUUACUAUCCAAAAAGUUUCCAUUUGCACAGGAGCAAGAAAAACUUGUGGAAUGUUAUAAGGGGAAAUAUUACUCCAAAGUAGAUAUUUUAGUGACGACGCCAGGCCGCUUGGUUGAUCAUCUACAUGCAACUAAAGGUUUUUGCUUAAAAUCUUUACGUUUUCUUGUUAUUGACGAAG